AACUCAUGUUCCGGUGGGCCAAAUUGACCCUCCAAUUUAACUGUGAACACCGUUGCGAUUCUAUUGCGCUCGGUGUACUCUGAAGACAACGUAUCCAUCCCCGCUCGUCCCCUCUACGGAGGUUGACGAGCGUGGUCAAGUUCGGGCAGAGGCAAGAUGCCCCUAUACUCGUCGCCGCCGCCGUACCGUACUCCCGAGCAGGACAAGCCGACGCUUCUGGUUUGUUGGUGGAUUACGCUAUUUUGCACCGUCAUAAUUCUAUUACGCAUCGCCGGUCGUUUUAUCCGGUCUGAGAAGCUGUUUAGGGAGGAUAAGACGGCCGCGCUGGCCAUCAUUCCGCUCUAUCUGCGCAUGGGAUGUGUUCACGUUAUUCUGGUUUACGGGACUAAUAAUGCACACUUCCACCACGAGAUGACGGACGAAGAGAUGCAUAUGAAGUCCGUGGCUAGUGGCUUGGUGCUUGCUAGCCGGAUCUUCUAUGCGGCAACGCUCUGGACUCUUAAAGGCGCCAUCCUUGAAUUUUUCAAGCGCCUAACGAGUAUUACCUGGAAUCGUUCGCACGAAAUCACAUUGAUCUUCAUACGAGCUACUCUGGCUGCGACCUUCGUGGCUGUUCUAAUAGCAGAUUUGACGGAAUGCCAUCCGUUCGUUCACUAUUGGCAAGUUAUGCCCGAUCCUGGAGGCCAAUGCCGUCAGGGAUUUGCCCAACUCAUCACAAUGGCGACUUGCAACAUAUUAACCGACCUUCUCCUCGUUUUCUAUCCGAUUCCUAUAAUCCUCACCAGUCAUAUGAGUACUAAGAGGAAGGUCCAACUAACAUUACUAUUUUCCGUGAGCCUGACGGUCGUAGCGAUGACGGGUUAUCGUAUCCCUCGAAUAAUCCGCGAGCAUGGAAACCAGCAGUUACGCUCUCUGCUUGCUUCCGUCGAACUUCUUUUUGCUACAGCCGCGGCUAAUACGCUUGUCCUCGGAUCGUUUGUCCGGGAUCGAGGUGUGAAAAAGACUAGAUAUAGACACAACUCCACAACUGCCGAGUCUAUUGAUCACUCGAUCGAACGCAGGCCUAUGUACCAAAGGAACUGGGGUAGUGAUGAAGACCUGGUGAGAGAUUUGGGCCUUGGCGUAGAUCGCGAACUUCAGAAUGCUGCAAGACAACAAAGCCAGGCCGAAAAGCCGGCCAGACCUGUCUUAACUGUGGAUACUUGGCAGUUUCCUCAACGUCGUCAAAGCAAUGCAGCACAUGAUCUACUGGACCGGGAUCAAAUUAUUACAUCUCGAAGCAACUCUUCCAUAACUCCUCGCAGAGUUUCCUUCUUCGACGUUGGCGGGCUACUGGAUGGCGAGCCGUCUCGAAGUGUACGGGAUAGCUUUAACUCUAACCUUGAACCACCGUCUCCUCUUUCUCCAAGCUCCCCUCCACCCACAAAGCAAGCGACAAGCAGUGGUUUCCGCCGUGGCUCCCAAGUCGUUUUACAAGAUUUAGGCGGUCUUCUGAAUCCUCUUAAUCCUCUUAAUCCUAAACAAUCUCGGGCGACUUCCAAGAAUGGAACUGAACUAGAAUCAAUACCUCAGCACCCCCAAGAAGCGCUACACGAUCCUACCAAUAGCCGGAACAGCUCAAACGACACAUACAUAGACACAGACCAGAAAGACUCGAGGGCUGGCAGUUCCCGUAAGACUUCGUUGCGGUGAUUUUCAAUAUUCGGAUUAACUCCUAUGGCUCUCCUUAAUAAUAGGCGUUGCACCUCUUUGACGCAGUAGCUUAAUCGGCAACCGUCUGCAUUAUAACCAUUAACCACCGUAAUCGAACGAUGGGGAGUUAUGGCUAAGAUUCAGGGUUUGAGAACUCCUUUGCAAUUAUUCAGUUCCCGAGAAAGGAAUCGACUUAGGCCGACAGUCGUAACUUACGCAUCACCCUCUAUAUCAUAACGUCA